AUGGAUUUCUCUGUGAACUCUGCCUGUUUUUAUUGUUUCUACUGUUUGUUUCUUCCUCUGCUGCUCGGACCGCCAGACCUUCGGCUCUCGGACGCACUGAAGCCCGGCUCCAGUGAGACCGGCACCGGGUCAAUUCUGCUCAACGCCUCGGUGGGACCUGGUUGGAUCUAUCACAUUGACCGGAAUUUAACGCCCGUUUCUGUGCGCCGCUUCAUCCACAUCCACAGACGAACCGGGGUCAUUUCUCUCUCUGGAGAACCGGACCGCGCGUCCCGGAGAGGAGACACCGCUCCGCUUUAUGUUCAGCUGAGAUCCCAGACUGACCCACAUGAGUCCAUCCUGAUCCGCCUCAAGCUGAUCCUCCACAGCCGGGGCGCUGUGAUCCGACGCGGUGGACAGUCGGUGAGUGUUCACAUGAGGCUCCGGUCCUCCCCGGUGCCGCUAUGUCUCUCCACACACGACCUGCGGAGCAAAGUUCAGCAUCACCUGCCACACUUCCUGCGCAGACACAAACAUUUUCAGAUUUCCUGCGCAGUUAAAGGACAGAAGAAAAGUUUCUCCGGUGAUGUGAGUCCUGAAUGUUUGGGGUCUGAGCUGGAUGCUGUGUGCGCGCUGCUGGACGUACACGGUCCCCACACCUCCACCCCCGUGCUCCUAAAGCUCCGCCCCGCCUCUCCAGCUUCUGACGUCACUCAGGUGUAUGCUGAGCGCAGCAGACGUGCAGCCGUGAACUCAGCUCCUCAGUUCCAGCUGCCCAACUACCAGGUGUCCAUACCUGAAAAUGAGCCGGCAGGGACCCGAGUCAUCACGCUAAAAGCUCUGGACGGAGAUCUCGGAGCCGCAGGCGAGGUGGACUAUGACAUUGAGGCUCUGUUCGAUAGCCGGUCCAAUGACUACUUCCAGAUCAACCCACACACUGGCAGCAUCUCCACCCUGCAGCUACUGGACAGAGAGUUCAAGGACACGCACAUUUUCAGGGUCGUCGCCACAGACAAUGGCGAGCCAAGAAGGUCGUCCAUUGCGUACCUCACCAUCACGGUCAGCGACACAAAUGACCACGGCCCGGUGUUUGAGCAGACAGAGUACAGGGUCAGCCUCAGGGAGAAUGUGGAGGCGGGGUUUGAGGUGCUUACGAUCAGGGCAACAGAUGGAGACGCUCCGUCCAACGCCAAUAUGAUCUACAGGAUUGUCAGCGAGGAGGACGCCUUUGAGAUCAACCCCAGGACCGGGCUGGUCCGCAUCACGGAGCGGCCGGACAGGGAACACGUGUCUCGGUACCAGCUGAUGGUGGAGGCCAGCGACCAGGGCAGAAAUCCAGGACCCCGCAGCUCAUCAGCCACCGUGUUCAUCAGCGUGGAGGACGAGAAUGACAACUACCCACAGUUCAGCCAGAGACGUUACGUGGUUCAGGUGUUGGAAAGCAUGGCGGUGAACACCAGAGUUACUCAGGUGGAAGCCACAGACGAGGACGAGGGCGACAACAGCAAAGUCCACUACAGCAUCAUCAGCGGCAACGUCAGGGGCCAGUUCUACAUACACUCUCUGACUGGUGUCAUCGACCUCGUCAGUCCUCUGGACUAUGAGACCGUCAGGGAGUACAAACUGCGAGUAAAAGCUCAAGACGCGGGCCGCCCUCCGCUCAUCAACAGCACCGGGCUUGUGGUCAUCCAGGUGGUGGAUGUGAACGACAACGCCCCUAUGUUCGUCAGCACACCACUCCAGGCCACCGUCCUAGAGAGCGUGGCUGUGGGUCACUCUAUAAUCCACAUCCAGGCCAUUGACGCUGACUCAGGUAUCAACUCUCACCUGGCAUAUCAGCUGACAGAUGCAGCGCCGGGCUUCCCCUUCAUCAUCAACAACAACACUGGGUGGGUGACAGUCAGCUCAGAGCUGGACAGGGAGACAACUGAGUUUUACACGUUCGGGGUGGAAACGGUAGAUCACGGAGUUCCUGCGAUGUCGUCCUCUGCCUCUAUCAGCGUGACCAUCCUUGAUGUGAAUGAUAACGUUCCCACGUUCUCUCAGACACUGUACAACAUAAAGAUCAGUGAGGACGCUGCGGUGGGAACCAGUGUGCUGCUGCUUUCCGCCACUGACCGUGACACCAACAGCGUCGUGAGCUACCAGAUCUCCAGUGGAAACACUAGAAACAGGUUCUCCAUCACCAGCCAGAGCGCUGGCGGUUUGAUCACCUUGGCGUUGCCGCUUGACUACAAGCAGGAGCGGCAGUAUGUCCUGAUGGUGACAGCGUCGGACGGCAUACACCAGGACACAGUGCAGGUUUAUGUCAAUGUCACUGACGCCAACACCCACCGGCCAGUGUUCCAGAGCACCAACUACCAGGUGAUGCUGAGCGAGGACCAGCCCGUGGGCUCCAUCGUGGUCGUCAUCAGUGCCACGGAUGAAGACACAGGGGAGAACGCUCGCAUCACUUACAUCAUGGAGGAUAACAUUCCCCAGUUCAAAAUCCACCCAAGAACAGGCGCCAUCACCACACAGACCGAUAUUGACUAUGAGGACCAGGCCUCCUACACCCUCGCCAUCAUCGCCCACGACCAUGGCGUCCCUCAGAAAUCAGACACCACGUAUGUUGAGAUCAUUGUGUUGGACGCUAAUGAUAACAGUCCACAGUUCCAAAGAGACCUCUACCAGGGCUCUGUGUUCGAAGAUGCUCCUGUGUACACCAGCGUCCUGCAGAUCUCUGCCUCCGACCGAGACUCAGGGGCCAAUGGCAGAGUCAGCUACACCUUCCAGAGCAGUGAUGACGGAGACGGAGACUUCUUCAUUGAGCCGUACUCCGGCAUCAUCAGGACAGCCAGGAAACUGGAUCGAGAGAAUGUGGCGGUGUACCACCUCCGAGCGGUCGCUGUGGACAAAGGUGUCCCCCCUCUCAGAGCAACAGUAGAUGUCCAUGUGUCCAUCCAGGACAUCAAUGAUAAUGCUCCUGUGUUUGAAAAAGAUGAGAUGGAUGUAUAUGUGAUGGAGAACAGUCCCGUGGGCUCUGUCAUUGCUCGAAUCAUCGCUACGGAUCCUGAUGAGGGAAUGAACACUCAAAUCCUGUUUCAGAUCGUGGAUGGGAAUGUCCCAGAGGUCUUUCAGUUGGACAUCUUUAAUGGGGACCUCAUCGCUCUUGCUGACUUGGAUUACGAGUCCAAAUCAGAGUACACCAUCGUCAUCCAGGCCACCUCGGCUCCAUUAGUGAGCCGGGCCGCUGUUCACAUCCACCUGCUGGACGUCAACGACAACAUCCCCAUCCUGCGGGACUUUGAGAUCAUCUUUAACAACUAUGUCACCAACCGGUCAGACACCUUCCCUGCCGGAGUGAUCGGGUCGGUGCCGGCCCGGGACCCUGAUGUGGCGGAUAAACUGAGGUUCAGAUUUUUGGAGGGAAACGAGCUCAACUUGCUGAUCCUGAACCAGGACAGUGGGGAGGUGCAGCUCAGCAGAGACCUGGACAACAACAGACCUCUGGAGGCCUCAAUGAAGAUCCAAGUGAGUGAUGGUGUCCACAAGGUGACGGCUGUCUGCUUACUGCGUGUCUCAAUCAUCACAGACGUCAUGUUGGCCAACAGUGUCACCGUCCGGUUGGACAACAUGUCACAGCAACACUUCCUGUCCCCUCUGUUGUCUCUGUUUGUGGACGCUGUGGCCUCCAUCCUCUCCACCCGCCGAGACCAUGUCUUCGUCUUUAACAUCCAGAACGACUCCCAGGUGGAGGGAAAUAUCCUGAACGUGACCCUCUCCGCCCUGCGGCAGUCUGAGGACCAUGAUGCACCUGGAGGAAGUUUCCUUCCAUCUGAGACGCUGCAGGAGCAGAUUUACCUGAACAGGACUCUGCUGACGCUGCUGUCCAAUCAGCACGUGCUGCCGUUUGAUGACAACAUCUGUCUGCGUGAGCCCUGUGAGAACUACAUGAAGUGUGUGUCAGUGCUGAGCUUCCACAGCACGGUGGCGUUCACGGUGUCUGACACGCUGCUGUUCAGGUCCAUCCAGCCGGUGGGGGGGGUGAGGUGUCGCUGCCCGCCAGGUUUCACUGGAGACACCUGUGAGACAGAGAUCGACCAGUGUUACUCCUCGCCAUGUCUGAACGGAGGGACAUGUCACAGCACAGAGGGAGGAUUCAACUGUCAGUGUCCCCACAACUACACCGGUGAGCGGUGUCAGGUGGACUCUGGGUCUGGACAUUGUGUCUCAGGUGUGUGUAAGAAUGGAGGCAGGUGUGUUGACCUGCAGGCGGGUGGAUUCAUGUGUAGCUGUCCCAAUGGAGACUUUCAGACGAUGUACUGCGAAGAGACGAGUCGAAGCUUCCCGCGACGAUCCUUCGUCACCUACAGAGGCCUAAAACAGAGAUUCCACUUCCACAUGUCCUUCAGGUUUGUGAGCAGGGACCGGAACGCUCUGCUGUUGUUUAACGGUCGAUUCAAUCAGAAACACGACUUCAUCGCUCUGGAGAUUGUCAACGAACAGAUUCAGCUCACCUUCUCUGCAGGAGAAAACAGGACCUCUGUGGAGACGUUUGUGGAGGGUGGAGUCAGUGAUGGAGAGUGGCACACAGUUCACCUGCACUACUACAACAAGCCAGCUGUCGGGCGUCUCGGCCCGUCUGCUGAGAAGGUGGCGGUGGUUGCUGUGGACAACUGUGACGUGGAGGUGGCGAUUCGUUUUGGCAGCCGGAUCACAAACUAUUCAUGUGCAGCUCAGAGAGCUCAGACUGGACUGAAAAAGUCGUUGGAUCUGACUGGUCCUCUGCUGCUUGGCGGCGUUCCCGACCUGCCAGAGGAUUUUCCCGUCAGGAGUCGAGACUUUGAAGGCUGCAUCAAAGAUCUGAACAUUGAUGGACAGCAGGUGGACAUGGCUCGAUUCAUCGCCAACAAUGGCACCAAAGCAGGCUGUGCAGCGAAGCAAGAUUUCUGCAGCAGGACGUCGUGUCUGAAUGGAGGAGUCUGUGUCAACAGGUGGACAUCUUACAGCUGUCAGUGUCCCCUCGGCUUCGGAGGAAAGAACUGUGAACAAGUCAUGCCGACCCCUCUGAAAUUUAACGGCAAGGCGUUGGUGUGGUGGGCGGAGCCACAGGUGACCAUCAGUGUGCCGUGGUAUUUAAGUCUGAUGUUCAGGACGAGACACAGAGCUGGAACUCUGCUGAAGGCUGAUGCUGGAGAAUCAUCCAGGAUUCAUCUGCUGCUCAGCAGCAGUCACCUGAGUUUCCAGGUGUUUGUGGGUGUGAAGCGCUUUGCUCUGCUAGACUUCCGUCAGACUCGGGUUGACGAUGGAGAGUGGCAUCAUGUCCUGAUGGAGCUGAAGAGCAGCAAAGAUGGAAAGGACAUCAAGUACAUGGCGGAGGUGUCUUUGGACUACGGUUUGUUUCAGUUGUCGGUGGAGAUUGGUAACGAGCUGCCGGGUCUCAGGCUGAAGAGUUUAUUUGUUGGAGGACUGAUGAAGAAGAAUGGCUCAGUGGUGAAUGGAUGGAGAGGCUGCAUCCAGGGUGUGAGAAUAGGUGAGACGUCCAUGAAGCUGGCUAACAUUGACUUGCGAGGUGGUCGGAGGGUUGGGGUUGAGGACGGCUGUGGCACGGUCAACUCGUGUAGAGACGCCGUCUGUCCACCGCAUAGUCACUGCAAGGACCUCUGGGGAGAUCACACCUGCACAUGCCAGCCAGGAUUCUUUGGGAGGGACUGUGUGGAUGUUUGUCUCUUAAACCCCUGUUUGCACGACUCCACCUGUGUCCACCACCCGAGCUCUCUGCGUGGAUACCUCUGUCACUGUGGAGAUGGUUACCAUGGAGACUAUUGUCAGUACAGAUCAAACAUGCCAUGUUCUCGGGGCUGGUGGGGAGGGCCAGUCUGUGGUCCCUGUAACUGUGACGUCUCUAAAGGAUUCACCAGAGACUGUAACAAGACUACGGGAGAGUGCAGCUGUAAGGAGAAUUACUUCCGUCCAGACGGAGGUUCCUGCCUCCCUUGUGACUGUUUCCAGCUGGGCUCUAUGUCUCGGACCUGUGACUCUGAGACUGGUCAGUGUCUUUGCAGGACAGGUGUUGUCGGACGUCAGUGCAACACCUGCGACAACCCAUACGCUGAGGUGACGCCCAGAGGCUGCGUGGUUGUGUACGACGUCUGUCCGAGGGUGUUUGAAUCGGGACUCUGGUGGCCGAGGACUAAGUUUAAUCAUCCUGCAGCUGUGAGAUGUCCCCGAGGCGCCUCAGGUACAGCUGUACGUCACUGUGAUGAGCAACAUGGCUGGCUCAAGCCUCUCCUCUCCAACUGCACCUCACUGAGCUUUAGACACCUCCACAUCCAGGAGGAGGAGCUUCAGAGAAACGAGACAGAGUUGGGCGGUGACAGGUCACGCAGGCUUGCUGCGAUGCUGCAGGAGGCGACCAAUCAGACGGAAGCUCCUUAUGACCGUGACCUACAGACGGCGUUUAAUCUGCUGAGUGUGGUGCUGCAGCACGAGAGCCAACAACACGGCUUCAAGCUGGCCGCCACGCAGGACCGAUACUUCCACCAGAAUAUCGUACAGACCGGUAGCAUCCUGUUGGAGCGGAGUGGCGAGCUGCAGCAUCAGGUUCAAAGGUCAGAGGGUGGUGCUUUGCGUCUGCUGAGAAGCUUUGAGCUUUACGCCCAAACCCUCGCCAUGAACAUGAGGAAGACCUACCUGAAGCCCUUCAUCAUCCUCACUCCCAACAUCAUUUUCUCUGUGGACUUCCUGGACAGCAGCACAGUGAAGCCCCGCCUCUCUGACAUGCAGAAAGAACUUCCUGUUGACCUCCAGGCUGCUGUCCAUUUCCCACAUUUCACUUCACCGGCUGAUGUUAAAGCUGCUCCAGUUUCUACAGAGACGCCGGCUGAGCAGCCUGGUGAUGUCAUUGGUCAUGUCAGUGGUGGUGUCAAUCAGACUGUGUCGCCUCCCUCUGAGUCUUCUUUUAAAAAGAAGCGUCAGGCUGAGGCACCAAGCGCGCCGCUGGUCACUGUGGUGAUCGUCUACAGAACUCUGGGAGACCUGCUGCCACAGAGCUAUGACCACCAGGGCCAAAGAGCGCCAAGUCGAUCCGUCAUCAACACUCCUGUUGUCACUACAGUGAUGUCCAAUGAAGGUGUAUCCUGGCUCCGACCUCUGGACCGCCCUGUCAUCCUGCAGCUCCGCCUACUACAGACAGAGGGGCUGGUGAGCCCGCAGUGUGUCGUCUGGACUCACUCAGCAGGGGUGAACGGGUCAGGCGGCUGGUCUUCCACAGGUUGUGAUCUGAUCAGCAGGAAUCAAACUCACAUCACCUGUGGCUGUGUUGAUGCGUUGAGCGUUGCCGUGGUGAUGUCCAGGAGAGAGCGUGUGGUCGCUCUUCCUCUGAAACUCGCCACCUUCACUUCCCUCUCCUCCUCGCUGCUCUUCCUCCUCGUCACCUUCGUCCUCCUCUUCAUCCUCACAAACCUGCGCUCCAACUUAAAUAGAAUCCACCUGAACCAGGUGACCUCCGUCUUCCUGUCGCAGCUCAUCUUCCUGCUCACCAUAGAGCGAACACAGAACCAGUCUGCCUGUACGCUGGCAGCCAUUUUGCUGCAUUACUGCUGCAUGUGUUCGUUCUGCUGGAUGUUGGUGGAGGAGCUGCACGUCUACCGCAUGAUGACCGAGAUCCGCAACAUCAACCACCGUCACAUGACCUUCUACUAUGCUAUUGGCUGGGGUGUCCCCGCUGUCAUCACAGGUGUCUCUGUGUCUCUGGAUCCUGAUGGUUUUGGGAGCUCCGGGUUCUGCUGGCUGUCUCUCCAGGACUCUGUAAUGUGGAGUGUUGUUGGACCCUUCACUGCUGUCCUCAUGGUUACCAUGGUGAUGUUUGUCCUGGCAGUUAAAGAGUCCAGAGGACAGAGACAGACAAGCUCUGAGACGGCUGAACUCAGCUCCUCUCUGAGGUCAGCCAUCUUGUUGCUGUUGUUCCUCAGUGCCUCCUGGCUGUCAGGUGUGAUGGCAGUCAACAGUGAUGUCAUUGCCUUCAACUACCUGUUCUCCAUCUUCAGCUGCCUGCAGGGCGUCUGCUUCUUCUUCUUCUACUGUGUGUUCAACAGAGAGCUGAGGACGAACCUGAAGGAGAUUUUCAUCAGGAGGAAGAGAAGCAGAGAGCUCAGGAGCCAACACACCGCCGUCCUUACUCGCUCUCUGAACAGGAAGCAGUCAUUCUCUGGAGAUGAAGGUCUGUAUCGAACCGCCAUCGGAGAGUCGACGGUGUCUCUGAAUAGCAGCAGGAACGACUCAGGACUGAAGUGCCCCUCCUCUUCCAGCUCCACCAGGAAGUGUUUCCAUGGUAACAACAACUCUGCCACCUUAACCCGAAAACAGUUCAGAAGAAAAGACUCUGACAGCAGUUCAGACAGCAGCUCCGACGCUUCCUUUCAUUCGUCUGACAGCGAGGACGAACGAUUGAAACAUCUGCGGAGCAACCAGCGACGAGAGGAGGAGAAGAAAAACACCACAGUGCAGGGUCAAACUCUGUCCAAUCACAUGCAGCCUUACUGGCUGGUGGAUCCUCCCACAGUCACUGACAGUGAGCGGCGCAGUGAAGGAGGUGGAGGAGGUGAAGGGGGAGGUGAAGGUGCGGAGGUGAACCUCCGUGUGGAGACCAGAGUCAACACCGACCAGCUGAACAACAGAGACCUGCCCAGCUCACCUGAUAGUAACCAGCAGCCAAUGAGACGACGAGGGAUCUUAAAGACCAGGACCCCCUCUCCCCUCAGUCCUCCUUCCCCCACAGUGACAGACAUGAACAGAAAGAACCUCCUCAUUGAAGCCCCACCCCUCUGCUGCUCCGCCACCUCAUUUCCAACUAAUCACAGCCUUCGUCAGGCUGUUGCUGGGGGAAACAGAGUUUGCGUUAAAAUCGUUCCCCCUCUUUCCCCGCUGCUGCAGACACGCCCACCUCUGUCACCACGGCAACAGCACAGUGGAGUGACCAUGUUAACCAGGACGAGGCUGAUGACUUUGGACAGGAACGAAGAGAAAGACAAGUCAGACGAUGAAACUUCCAUCUGAAGACUUUUCACCUCUGAGAUUUACCUGAAGCUGUGGAAACAGGAACCACAGAAGAAGAGGAAUAAAAAGAAAAAGAAGAACCUGACCUGGAUGUUAGAGGUCAUGAGGGGAAGGAAAGGUGUGAAGGAGAAUUCAUCAGGAGUCAGGAAAAGACAGCUGACUGUAAUGACGUCAUAGACCCUGUAAUGAUGUGACGGAGGAUGUUACUGAAAUGGGUCUGCUGUGGCCAAACUGCAAUGUUCUGAAGAUGGACAACUGAAUGAUUAUCUUAGAUACUAAAGAUUGCUAUUAUUAUUAUUAUUAUUUUUAUUAUUAUCAUCUUCGAUACUUGGCCUUGUGUGCACUUGUGUGUUCUAUAAGCAUAUUGUUUGUUUUCAUCAACAGCUGAAUGAUGCGUCGCUUUAAAUGUUGCUGCUGAAGAAACUGUGAAACGUCAUGAUCUCCUUUCCUUUGGUAAAGGAUGCUUCAGUGUCUCCUAUGCUAAUGGAGAUAAAAAAAAAAGGAAGCGCUGAAGCCCCUACCUUACCAGCUCUUAUCACAGCUGACACUGAGAAAUAAACUCUGCUCCACAACAGCUAAUGUUUGCUAUGAAACUGGGGGUCAGUGUUUUGUUUCAGGACAGAUAUUUUGUGUGCUGACUCUAUACCGGGUUCAAAAGUUCAGGGAAAUCUAAUGUUAUUUUGAAAUGAACACAUCGGACUGUAGAUAUUCUGCAUAUAUGUAUUAUUGCUGUAGAUAUGUUAUAUUUUUUUAUACUUCUGUA